AUGGAAGACCAUCAAAAUCAUAAUAUAGACGGUGGCCAAACAGCCUCCCCACAUAUCUCUAAUAAGUUUGUGCCUAAAGGAUUUGCCCCUCAUGUUGCUCCCACAACAGCCAUUUCAAGCAAUUCGGUAGCUUAUGGUACUAAUUCAAUCCAUGCUGACUAUGAUUUGCAUCGACAACAUUUUGAAAGACAGUUGCACCAACAAAAUAUCAACUAUCAGCAACAACUGUCAGCGACACCUCAUCAGGAACAAGAACAGUUAGCUGCUCAACUUCCUCAUCAUCAUCAACAACAACUGCUCCUUCAACAACAACAGCAACAAGAACAAGAACAACAACAACAAUGUGCUCCACAAACUUCUCAGCAAACGGCCGCUGCUCCCUUUGGCUAUUCUGUAGACCAACCUCUUAUUAUUACGACAGAUGAGACUGGCCAGAACGUUCACACGCAAUCUGAAGCUUCUCAACCUAAGGGAAAACUUAAGGUUAAGAUUGUUGAAGGGAAAGAUAUUCAGGCAACGCAACCAUAUGUUGUAUGCACUUUUGAAUCAUCUGAGUUUGUUACUACUGCUCCAGGUUCCUUUGGUGGUAAGUCACUGUUGAAUCAUGGGUAUGGUCAUCAUGACUCAGCUCACGGGGCUCAAGGAAGAGCAGGUGUUCCAAUGAAAAAUAAGCCAAGGCCCAUGUAUCAAAGACAAACCCUGACUCAACAAUUGACAAUGAUGGAUUCAACCAAUCCCGUUUGGAAUUAUGACGCACUGUUUGACGUUGUAGGAUCCAAGUCUGAGUUAGAUGUGUCAGUGUAUGAUGCCGCUAGGGAUGAUGCAUUCUUGGGCCAUGUCCGUAUAUUUCCAACCAAUAAAAAAGUGAGUGAAGAAUGGUUUGAAUUGAAGGCUAGAAUAUUGGGUGAAAGGGUUACAGGUGCUAUUAAGAUUUCAUGGGCCUUUUCCUACGAUAAUUCUAAGAAGCAAAUUGGUCCUGAUGACUUUGAAAUGUUAAGACUAUUAGGUAAAGGUACUUUUGGUCAAGUUUUCCAAGUCAAGAAAGGAGAUACUGGCCGUAUUUAUGCCAUGAAGGUACUUUCAAAGAAAGUUAUUGUGAAAAAAAAGGAAAUUGCUCAUACUAUUGGUGAGAGGAAUAUCUUAGUUAGAACUUCAGCUGCUGGUUCUUCAUUUAUUGUUGGACUCAAAUUCUCUUUCCAAACACCAACUGAUUUAUAUUUGGUUACUGAUUAUAUGUCUGGAGGUGAGUUGUUUUGGCAUUUGCAAAAAGAGGGUCGUUUCACUGAAGACAGAGCCAAGUUUUACAUUGCUGAAUUGAUUCUUGCAUUGGAACAUUUACAUGAUAAUGAUAUUGUUUAUAGAGACUUGAAGCCAGAGAACAUUUUGUUAGAUGCUAAUGGUCACAUUGCCUUGUGUGACUUUGGUUUGUCAAAAGCCAAUUUGAAUAAUGAUGGUACAACAAACACCUUUUGCGGCACAACAGAAUAUUUGGCUCCUGAGGUAUUAUUGGAUGAAUCUGGAUACACGAAGAUGGUUGAUUUUUGGUCUUUAGGGGUUUUGAUAUUUGAAAUGUGUUGCGGUUGGUCUCCAUUUUAUGCUAACAAUACUCAACAAAUGUACAAGAAUAUUGCAUUUGGGAAGGUAAGAUUCCCCAAGGAAGUUUUAAGUACUGAAGGUAGAUCAUUUGUCAAAGGCUUAUUGAACCGGAAUCCAAAACAUAGACUUGGUGCUAUUAAUGAUGCAAGGGAAUUACGGGCUCAUCCAUUUUUCAAUGACAUUGAUUGGACAUUAUUACGUAGCAAGUCAGUUCCACCACCUUUUAAACCUCAUUUGACUUCAGAAACAGACACAUCCAAUUUUGAUCCCGAAUUUACAUCCGAAUCAACUUCUGUCAUUCGGAAACAAUUGGAAUUGGCUUCAACUCCAUUAUCCCCCGGGAUCCAAGCCAAUUUUAAAGGAUUUACAUAUGUCGAUGAUUCCACGAUUGAAGACCAUAUGGGGAAGUCUGCACGGUACAACAAGUUCAUGGGUCCUGGCUCAUUUAUACCCGGCAAUCCCAACUUGCCUCCAGAUGAAGAUGUGAUUGAAGAUCAAAUUGACGAAGAAGAUGAGAUGGAAAUCGAAGACCAACAUAUGGAUGAUGAAGAGUUUGUGAAUGGGAGAUUUGAGGUAUAG